CAGUUGGCUGUUUCAAUCAACCCAUUCGACCAUCAAGGAUAGUUGAAAGUCCUAGUAUAUCUUCCUCUUCCUCCUUAGCAAGUCCCCACGUUCUCCAGUCGACGUCCGGGCGCUGCAGCCGAAAAGCGACCAUGACGAAAUCAUCGCAAUGUUUAAUGUUCCGACCUCCCGAACGGGAGCAAUUUAAAUUAAUGUUUGUUAUUUCUGGAGAAAGCUGAGGAAGCUCCACCAGCUCAGGAACAACAAUAAUCAACUUCCCAUCCAGCUCCCACCUUCUUCCUCCCUUCCACCUCUCAAUCUAACUUCCUGUGGCAACCCCCCAACGGGAAUAUUCAAUCUCUCACACCAAACACAUUCCUUGUCAAAUUAUCAUCCAUUCCUCCCUGUAGCCAUCAUGUUUGCUGCUCGUCGUCUUACCGCCGGUGUCCCUCGCACCUUGUCCCAGAGGGCCCUUUUCCACAGCACGGCACCCGCUUUUGUUCAGAAGGGAGACGCCAUCCCCGACCUUGAUGUCCUGGUUGAGAACUCGCCCGGCAACAAGGUGAACCUCGCCAAGGAGCUCAAGGGCAAGGGCGUCAUCGUCGGUGUUCCUGCUGCCUUCAGCCCCGCCUGCUCUGCCACCCACGUUCCUGGAUUCAUCAACCACCCCAAGCUGAAGGAGGCCGGUCAGGUCUUCGUUGUUGCAGUCAACGACCCUUUCGUCACCAAGGCAUGGGCUACCUCCCUUGACCCCGAGGGCAAGAGCGGCAUCCGCUUCUUGGGUGACCCCAGUGGCAAGUUCUCCGAGGCCCUGGAUGUGACCUUCGACAGCGCUUCCAUCUUUGGAAACAACCGCAGCAAGCGUUACGCCCUGCUUGUCGAGAACGGCAAGGUCAAGGAGGCUUUCGUGGAGCCCGACAACAUCGGUCUUGACGUCUCUGCGGCCGAGAAGGUCUUGGCCUAAUACCAGCCCAGAGAAUUAGCAUAUAAAAAGAUUAUAUACUUAGGCUCUUCACAUGACAAUAUAUCAUAAUAUUUAUUGCGAUAGAA